AUCAUUACAUGUAAGUGAUCAACAUUUACAAGUAUAUGAACACACCAGGAAGAGACAAUGGUGACAGCUGCGAUGAGAGGGAGUUCAAGGGGUAGCCACAACCACUGUAACCCUAAAUGCAGCCAACCUAGAAGCCCAAACCGUCGAGCGGAAAGCGAAAACUUUGAAAGCUGUGGCUUUGAAGGAGACAGACAAAAGUUUAACAAGGCAGAAAGCGAAGAUGAAAAUGGUAGUAUACUUGCAUUGAUCCCUUCAUAAGAAAGAAACAUCUAAUAAAAAUAAACCAAAGGGAGCACAAAGCUGGAAACUGAGAAAGCUAGGAUCUUUCAAUGUUCCAGAAAGAACAUUUUGCAUAAGAAGAAGAAGAAGAAGAAGAAGAAGAAGCUGCAAAUCCCAAUCAGAGUCUUCCCAAUUUUCAUUUGCAGUUUUUGAAACAGUGAGGGGAUUUUUGUUGCUCGGUGAAGCUGGGACAUGCGAUCAAACCAAAGAAACACAAACAUCAUAAUUACAGCUCUGUACGAGGCAUUUUCAUGGAAGAGGCUUGUUUUGUUGAACAUUUCAAAGGUUUGGCUUUAACAGCAGCAGCACGACUAGCAUGACACCCGGGAGUCACUAAAAGGGUGUGAGUUUUUCUAAUAGCAUUUUUGGGCUGCAUUUCGUCGAAGAAAGCUAGAAAGGCACCCGGGUACGAGGAGCCUACUGUCCUUGCUGCUGAAACUCCUUUUACAAUGAGUGAAAUAGAAGUCCUAUAUAAGCUAUUUAACAAACUAAGCAGAUCAAUAAUAAAUGAUGGGCUUAUUCACAAGGAAGAAUUCCAGCUUGCACUUUUCAGGAACAGAAUUAAGAGGAAUUUCUUCGCUGACCGGAUAUUUGAUUUGUUUGAUAUCAAGCGAAAUGGGGUUAUCGAGUUUGGAGAAUUCGUUCGAUCAUUGGGCGUCUUUCACCCAAAUGCACCUAUAGGAGACAAAAUUUCAUUUGCAUUCAGAUUGUAUGAUCCAAGGCAGACUGGAUAUAUAGAGCAAGAAGAAUUGAGGAAGAUGGUUUUGGCGCUUUUACAUGAAUCGGAUCUGAUAUUAUCAGAUGAUGAUGUUAAAACAAUUGUGGAUAAGACAUUUACCGAAGCAGAUACGAAGGGCGAUGGAGUGAUUGAUCAAGAAGAGUGGAAGGAAUACGUGUCGAAGAAUCCGUCGCUGAUCAAGAACAUGACCCUUCCCUAUUUAAAGGACAUGACUUUUGCAUUUCCCAGUUUCUUGUUAAGUGCUGAAGUUGAAGAUUCAGAAAUAUAGACAUUAAAAUAUGUGAAGGGUCAAAAGUUUCUCUUGCUGGUGAACAUUUUGAAUCAUGGUCUCGGUGAUUGCCCACAAGUUGCACUCUCCUGUCUUCAAUUUCUUCUUCUUUAGACUAGGGGUGGGGAAGCGGAUUAGAUGUGCAUAGAGUUGGCAAAGUGUACGAUCAUGGGGUUCCAAUCCUUUUUUUAUGUUUUGCAGCACUGAAGAUUUGUGUGUAUAGUGUCGAGUGUAAAUUUUGCAAUACCAGUGGUUUCUCAUAAAGGAACCAUGGACUGUUCUGCUUUUGUUUUGUUUUUUUUUGUUUUAUUUUUUCUCGAAAAAGAAGAGAAAAGAAAUAGAAAAGAUGGUUUAAAUCUUAGGGAUUGUAUCGGGAUCCAAUCCAUUGAGUGGUACGAAAAUGAUUUAAGUCUCAAUCUUGUGAGAUGUCUUUAAUAAGACAAAAUCAUCAAACACGAUGGUUAAUAGUGGACAAGAUUCAGACCAUUAAGUU